GUAGGCAAACACCACGGGAAGCGGCCAGCUCCGCCCCCAGGGUCUGUCUGCUCUGCUGGCACGUCGCUUCCCCAAAUCCCGGGGAAACCCAUUUGGAGGAAAGGCGAAGGCUUUUGUCCUUCGGAGCUCUCCGUACUACGUCAGGGGCGCAUGCGCGCUAGCUCCAGGCACGCGCGACACGCUCCCUUGCUCCGUUGUUCGCUCCUUGUCUAGAGCCGGCCGAGCGGAAUGGCUCAGAAGCCCCUGCGUCUAUUAGCUUGUGGCGACGUCGAAGGAAAGUUUGAUGUUUUGUUCAAUAGAGUCCGAGCAAUUCAGAAGAAAAGUGGAAACUUCGAUCUGCUGUUAUGUGUAGGUGACUUCUUUGGCUCUACAUCAAGUACUGAAUGGGAGGAAUACAAGACAGGAGUCAAGAAAGCACCUAUUCAAACUUAUGUGCUCGGUGCAAAUGACCAGGAAGCUGUCAAGUACUUCCCAGAUGUUGAUGGAUGUGAACUAACUGAAAACAUUACUUAUCUAGGUAGAAAAGGUGUUUUCACUGGAGCCUCUGGACUACAGAUUGCAUACCUCAGUGGGACAGAGUCAUUAGCUGAGCCUGCCCCACCUUACAGUUUUACCUCCAAGGAUGUAUGCUCACUGAAGGCAACUCUGCAGUCUACAUCGCAUUUUAAAGGCGUUGAUAUCUUGCUGACAUCCCCAUGGCCGAAGGGUGUGGGGAACUUUGGAAAUGCUUCUGGAGAUGUGGAUACCAAGAAAACUGGCUCCACUUUGAUCUCCCAUCUUGCCAUGGACUUAAAGCCGAGAUAUCACUUUGCUGCCUUGGAAAAGACUCACUAUGAGAGGCUUCCUUAUCGAAACCACAUAGUCCUCCAGCAAACUGCUCAGCAUGUUACCCGAUUCAUAGCUCUGGCAAAUGUUGGAAACCCAGAGAAAAAAAAGUACCUCUAUGCAUUCAGUAUCCUUCCACUUAAUCUGAUGGAUGUGGCAGAACUAGUGAAGCAGCCGCCAGAUGUCACUGAAAACCCAUACAGAAAAUCUGGGAAGGAAGCAUUAUCAGGAAGACAGGGCCUGGCUCUACAGGAAGAACCAGCCUGUCAGUUUUUCUUUGAUUUAAGCAAAAAGCAAGGAAAGAAACGUCAGUCCACCGGGGGAGACAAGGGUGUUUCUCCCAAACAACCCCGGAAGCCACCUCAGCCCCUGGGGCCUUGUUGGUUCUGUCUUGCCAGUCCUGAAGUGGAAAAACAUUUGGUAGUCAGCAUUGGCACACAUUGCUACCUUGCCCUGGCCAAGGGUGGAUUAUGUGAUGAUCACGUUCUGAUCUUGCCCAUUGGGCACUACCAGUCAGUGGUAGAUCUUUCAAAAGAAGUGGUGGAAGAAGUGGAAAAGUACAAGUGUGCAGUGAGACAGCUCUUUAAGAGCAAAGGGAAACGAUGCGUUCUGUUUGAGAGGAAUUAUAAGAGUCAUCACCUCCAGCUACAGGUUGUUCCCAUACCUCUCGGCUGCUGCACCACUGAUGACAUUAAGGAGGCCUUCAUCGUCCAGGCCCAGGAGCAACAGAUUGAGCUGCUAGAAAUCCCAGAACACUCAGAUAUUCAACAGAUUGCACAGCCUGGAGCACCAUAUUUUUAUGUGGAGUUGGACACAGGAGAGAAGCUUUUCCACAGAAUUAAGAAGAAUUUUCCUUUACAUUUUGGAAGGGAGGUUUUGGCGAGUGAGGCCAUCCUCAACAUUCCCGAUAAGUCUGACUGGAGGCAGUGCCCUCGGAGCCGAGAAGAGGAGGAAGCUCUAGCUCGCUUGUUCCGAAAGCAUUUCGAGCCUUUUGACUUUGCCGAGGACGACUGACCGAUGAGGAGCCCUUCCACAAUUCCAGAGAACCACCAGUGAACUGUCAGGCUCGGUUUCUGGGAGGGGGGGGGGGGGGAGGGCUGUUUUCCUGGUCCUUUGAAGUCUGUCCUCUGUCCCAUAGGCCCUAUCUUCUGGGCUCCCACCAUUGAGAGUCAUCUUGUGAGCAGUAAGGAUUGAAGACAUGAGGUUACUUCUGGCAGAGGCGGCAGGAUUGCUGCUUGUAGGAGUGAAGCAGUUUCCAGAACAAAUAUCCUUGCCUGCUAAUAAACAUCUCUUUUAUACCUUUAGUAUAACUAGCUAUUAUUAAUAUUUGGAUAUUUUUUAAACUACCAAAAUAAAAUUCUACUUUGCUCAAA